CAUAACAUCCAAUGGGCCCAACUCUGCUACUACUUCCCCCCCCCCUGAGAGAGGAUCUUGUCCACUGAGAGCGUGUGCCGACACUUUGAUUCCACCAAGCUUCUUCCACUAGGGAAGACACAAGCAUGGUUGCUGAGUUGAUUCGGAAUCUGUGAGAGUCUCCUCAUCCGGUUGAGUUGCUCCUUUUUUGGGGGGGGAAGAUGGCAAGGAUUUACAGGAUGAAUAUUGUGUUUCUACUGUAUGGACUGGUGGUGGCCUCGGCCAAAGAGGAGGAGUGUUUGUCGGGGCAGUACACGACUGACGGAAAGUGCUGCAAGCAGUGUCCGCCGGGCGAGGGUGUCGUCCAACCGUGUGGGGCCAAGCAGACUAAGUGUUCGCCCUGCCUGGAUAGUGAGACCUUCUCAGAAAACUUCAGCCACAUGGAAAGAUGUCAGGCCUGCACAAAAUGCAUGGGUCUCUUCCGCAUGGAGACGCCGUGUACGGACGCCAAUGACGCCACUUGCGUGUGCAACUACGGCUACUAUCUGGACAACCUCUCGCAGAGGUGCGAGCCCUGCACCAAAUGCCCCGAGGGCCAGGGCAUGCUGUACAGCUGCGAGUCGGACCACGACACGCAGUGCGAGGAGUGCGGCGGGGACACAUACUCGGACCAGGAAAGUUCGCGGGAGCCCUGCAUCCCGUGCACCACCUGCGACGAGGAGGAGGAGUUGCAGGCCUGCACUGCGGUCACCAAUACGAUUUGUCAAGUCCAGUACCCUUCAGUGUCCCCCACGCCCUACACGGACGUCUCCAUGUUCACUGACGACGACUUACUGAUCGACGGCCCCCCGCCCGACGGCCCGACAGACAGCAACGCCACCACCACUGACGACGAUUUGCACAAGAACAUCUAUAAGAACCUGAACGACAAGCUCAUACCCGUCUACUGCUCCAUCCUGGCGGCCGUGGUCGUCGGCCUGGUGGCCUUCAUCAUCUUCAAGAGUUGGAACAGCUGCAAGCAGAACAAGCAACAAGCCAACAACUGCACGUCCAACCAGAAGCAGACGCCGUCGCCCGAGGGCGAGAAGCUGCACAGCGACAGCGGCAUCUCGGUGGACAGCCAGAGUCUGCAGGAGCAGCUGGGCCAGACUCAGACCCACACAGUGGUGACCAUGGACGAGGACCCCUGCUUGCUCGUCCCCCUGCACACCAGAGAGAAAGUGGAGCAGAUGCUGUUCAGGGGCGGCGAAGGGGACGACUGCAACAUGGAGGAGGACUGGUGCAACCUAGCAGGCCUGCUGGGCUAUGAGGACGAACGUAUCGCCACCUUCCGCCAGGGGGAGCACCCCGUGCGCGCGCUCUUGUCCGACUGGGCGACCAAGGACUGUGCCAGCGUGGACGCCUUGUGCACGGCGCUGCGCAAGAUCAACCGCAACGAUGUCGCCCAGAGUCUGGCGCUCAGCCCAACCGCCCCGAAACCCACCGCCACUUCCGUGGUGUGAAUUUAGGAUUAAAUAAAGCAGAUGGAGCUUUUUAUUUUUAGUGUGUGCACACGCAAGGAAAUGAGCUUUUUUGCAAAUUGAAUUCAAUCUGUAAUCAUUCCAAUGUGGAUGUGUCCGCGCACUUCUGACUUUUACUGACUUUCUCGUUGUACCAAAGAUGUGUUAAAAGUCAGGCCUAACCUUAUUUAGUGUACAUUGUAGCCCGGCCUGCCUGGACCGGAUGAGGCCUCCAUCCCACCCAGUGUCUGGAUCCCUGCAAGCGUGACAAGCAGAGGAAGGAUGUUUGGAUUAUGUCAUAUGGACCUCUUUCCAUGAGGAAUAAACUUUGUCCAAAGUGACCUUUGCACACUUAAGUGGUGCCCUCAAACACACCAUAUACAACACAGUGAAGGACAUUGAACUCAUCGUGUAUAAUGUAGACAACACACACAAACAUAUACUGUAGGUCCACACUAUGUAACCAUGCAUGCUUGUUAUAUAAAACACACACACACACACACACACAUUCUUGUAUUUUUUACCUUCUUGAGACCUCCGAAAAAUGCCUACCUCUUUAGGACCACCCCUUCUAGAUAUAUAAAGAUUUGUAUUUACAACAUUAAUAAUAUAUACACUACCGUUCAAAAGUUUGGGGUCACCCAAACAAUUUUGUGGAAUAGCCUUCAUUUCUAAGAACAAGAAUAGACUGUCGAGUUUCAGAUGAAAGUUCUCUUUUUCUGGCCAUUUUGAGCGUUUAAUUGACCCCACAAAUGUGAUGCUCCAGAAACUCAAUCUGCUCAAAGGAAGGUCAGUUCUGUAACGAGCUAAACUGUUUUCAGAUGUGUGAACAUGAUUGCACAAGGGUUUUCUAAUCAUCAAUUAGCCUUCUGAGCCAAUGAGCAAACACAUUGUACCAUUAGAACACUGGAGUGAUAGUUGCUGGAAAUGGACCUCUAUACACCUAUGUAGAUAUUGCACCAAAAACAAGACAUUUGCAGCUAGAAUAGUCAUUUACCACAUUAGCAAUGUAUAGACUGUAUGUCUUUAAAGUUAAGACUAGUUUAAAGUUAUCUUCAUUGAAAAGUACAGUGCUUUUCCUUCAAAAAUAAGGACAUUUCAAUGUGACCCCAAACUUUUGAACGGUAGUGUACAUACUAUGCAAAUGUAAAAAAUGUAAGCUUUUAGGUUUUUUUUGUUGUUGAAUUUUUGGUUUGUAAUUGUUUUUUAAUCGUCAUUAUUUACUUAAAGUUAUUACAGUAUGUCUCUAUGUACAUAUUUAGUUUAUUUUUUUAAUUAAUUUUGGCCAAAGGGGGCACACUUGUUAUUAGAUAUGUUGGCCAGAGGGGGAGCACUCCAAAUGUUUACACACACUUGUUAUUUCAUAUGCUGACCAGACGGGGAGCACUUUUAAAACCGACACACAGUCAAUUUGAAAAAAUCCCUCCUUUUUGGGACCACCUUAAUUUUGAUAGAUUUUACCACCAGGUGUGCAAAUGAGACAUUCUCUAUUAGAUGCAAUGGUUUUCCGUAUGGCGACCAUGAUUUAUGUCCUGACUUGUUCACCGGUCCUUAUAUGGAAGGUACUUUUCCUUGUUGGUGUCUCAAGAAGGGUAGAAAUACAAGUACACACACACACACACACACGCACACAAAACUUUUAAAAAAUAAAAUGUUUUUUAAAUUUUAUUUACAUAAAUCACAGAUUGCUAAUCAAUCUAAUACAAUAGAAUAGAACAAGCCCAACUCCAACCCAAUCUAAGCGUUAAAAUACUUAAGAUAAGAAAUUACAAAGCAAUUGAGAAGACAUACAAAUAAAAUAGUGAAUUAAACACGACACAAAAAAAGGAAAAGCGACAAUGAAUGAAAGCAACAGUAUUAAUAAUAUCAAUAAUAUCAAUAAUAGUUGUUUAAUGUAUGUAAUCCAAAAAUUGCAAAAAAAAAUAUAAAUGUUUUCCUUUAUCAACGAUUCUUGAAAAUGAUGCAUCGAUUUAGAAUUAGAAUAAAUAAAAAUCGCGGUUUGGAUAUAAAUAGACUUUUUGAGCACCCCUAACAGAUAUUAGUUUUAUGAGUAUUAGAAAAACUAAGUUGCCAAGUCCCAAAGCCGUUGUUCAACCAAUCUGGCUAAAAGUUUACACACAAGUUUGUUGGUCCCCGCAAGGCAUGUGCCAGGUUUUGUGGAGUUUUGACAAAACACCUAAAAGUCACAGUGGAGACUUUAAAACUGCAGUAGACUGACUCAAUAGCACCUCUGCUGGUUGCAGCCAAGUACUGCCCUCAAAUUAUUUCAGAUUUCAAAUAUUCUUUACUGUCCAUAUUUCCGGACUUCAUCUCCAUCCCUAGUGUAAGCAGCAGGAGUUUAUGAAUGAUUGUCUGCUAUACAAUAAACAGUGACACAUAAAACGCAUGCAAAAACAAUAGCCAGCUUCAAAAAAAGAACACACCAAAUGCACUUACUGUAUGAUCAGGAUGCAAAACAGGUUUUCCUCUCCUCUCUGCCUCCUUUCUCAGGGUAAAUGGAGUGAUUGUGUCGCCACUUUAACACAGCCUCUAAGGAACACAACAUUGACACAAGUCAGUGUGAUGUACACAAACGUUUAAUAACAUAAUCAAACUCUUUUAGCUUUAAGCACGCAUUCCAUUCAGUUUAUACCAUGUGAUUUAAAUAUGCUGACCGGGGGGACACCCGGCACCUCUUUUCUUUUGUUGAAGGAGCCAAUGUGACAUGUAUGUCCUAAUUGUUACCAAUAGCUUAGUGUUCUUUAAAAUGAAGGUGUUAUGUUAUUUUUUUCAUUGUUAUUCUCUUCAAUGUAGCACUUCUAUGUGUCAAAAGUCCGUUUACAUGUUGCAGGUUGUGUGGUGAUGUUGUACAGAGCAUUUAGUUCAUUUCUUGUAAAUACCAAACUCCAGCAGGGAGGAGCUAAAUGUACACUAUAUGGAUUUAAGUUACAGGAAAUAUAAUGGGACAAAUAUAAAAAAUGACAACGCAUGCAUGCUGUGCGGUACAAAUACUAAAGCCUCCUUUUUUGACUGUACUAUAAUAACAUGAGCGUGUCCUCCCUGGACACUUUGAAUUUCUCUGGACAGUAUUUGUUUUUGGAGCAAGAGGUUGUACAGUCGUGAAUAUGUCAUGAAUUUGCACUUGAGCGUGUUAUAGGGAUUAUGCAAAUGAGGGGAGCGCUUGAUGGCGGUGACUGAACAUGUACAGACAGCUCUGACACUCACUGAAUGUUCCUUCUAUACUAACUAACUAACGCAUAAUACUGUAUUAUACCUAAUGUGAAUUGGAGAGGUUCUUAAAAUAAUAA